GGUUUUGCGCGGCCCCCCGGCAGGGGCGCUGCGCGGGUCUUGCGCGGGCCGGGAAGAUGGCGGUGCGGAAGAAGGACGGCGGCCCCAACGUCAAGUACUUCGAGGCCGCGGACACGGUGGCGCAGUUCGACAACGUGCGGCUCUGGCUGGGCAAGAACUACAAGAAGUACAUCCAGGCCGAGCCGCCCACCAACAAGUCCCUGUCCAGCCUGGUGGUGCAGCUGCUGCAGUUCCAGGAGGAGGUGUUUGGCAAGCACGUCAGCAACGCGCCGCUCACCAAGCUGCCCAUAAAGUGCUUCUUGGACUUCAAGGCAGGCGGUGCCCUGUGCCACAUCCUUGCUGCCGCCUACAAAUUCAAGAGCGACCAAGGAUGUGGCCACAGACACUCAGCCCCCCCACUCCCCAUCUGCCCCCCCAGCUACGACACCUGGAUCCCGGCCAGCGAGAUUGAAGCCUCCGUGGAAGACGCGCCCACCCCAGAGAAGCCCCGGAAGGUCCACGCCAAGUGGAUCCUGGACACCGACACCUUCAACGAGUGGAUGAACGAAGAGGAUUACGAGGUGAGCGACGAGAAGAGCCCCGUGGUGCGGCGCAAGAGGAUCUCUGCCAAGACCCUCACCGACGAGGUACCAGCUUCGCCCGGGCGGGUGAACAGCCCCGAUUCAGACCGGCGGGACAAGAAAGGUGGCAACUACAAGAAGCGGAAACGCUCGCCCUCACCCUCACCUACCCCUGAGGCCAAGAAGAAGAACGCCAAAAAAGGCCCCUCGACUCCCUACACCAAGUCGAAGCGCGGGCACCGGGAGGAGGAGCAGGAGGAUCUGACCAAGGACAUGGAUGAGCCAUCGCCUGUGCCCAACGUGGAGGAGGUCACGCUGCCCAAGACAGUGAACACCAAGAAGGACUCAGAGUCAGCGCCAGUCAAGGGGGGCACCAUGACGGACCUUGAUGAGCAGGAAGACGAGAGCAUGGAGACUGCAGGCAAGGACGAGGAAGAGAGCGGCGCAGGGAACAAGGGCGACCAGGCCAAGAACCCCGAGCUGCACGAGGACAACGUGACGGAGCAGACGCACCACAUCAUCAUCCCCAGCUACGCUGCCUGGUUCGACUACAACAGCGUCCACGCCAUCGAGCGCCGCGCCCUGCCUGAGUUCUUCAACGGCAAGAACAAAUCCAAGACCCCAGAGAUAUACCUGGCCUACCGCAACUUCAUGAUCGACACAUACCGGCUCAACCCGCAGGAGUACCUCACCUCCACCGCCUGCCGCCGCAACCUGGCUGGCGACGUCUGCGCCAUCAUGCGAGUCCACGCCUUCCUGGAGCAGUGGGGCCUCAUCAACUACCAGGUGGAUGCCGAGAGCCGCCCCACGCCCAUGGGCCCCCCACCGACCUCCCACUUCCACGUCCUGGCUGACACCCCCUCAGGGCUGGUGCCGCUGCAGCCCAAGACCCCCCAGGGCCGCCAGACUGAUGGUGACGUGAAGACGGGGCGCAAAGGCAAGGAAAUCGAGGACCUGGUCACGGAGACGGUGAAGGGGAAACCGGAGCUGCAAACCACGGCCUCGCAGCAGCUGCUGAGCUUCCCCGAAAAGGGCAAGGAGAAGCCGGCCGACAUGCAGAACUUCGGGCUGCGCACAGACAUGUAUACCAAGAAGAACAUCCCCUCCAAGAGCAAGGCUGCGGCCAGCGCCACGCGGGAAUGGACAGAGCAGGAGACAUUGCUGCUGCUGGAGGCGCUGGAGAUGUACAAGGACGACUGGAACAAGGUGUCGGAGCACGUGGGCAGCCGGACGCAGGACGAGUGCAUCCUGCAUUUCCUGCGCCUGCCCAUCGAGGACCCCUACCUGGAGGACUCGGAGGCCUCGCUCGGGCCUCUGGCCUACCAGCCCAUCCCCUUCAGUCAGUCGGGCAACCCCGUCAUGAGCACCGUGGCCUUCCUGGCUUCUGUGGUCGACCCCCGCGUGGCCUCCGCCGCCGCCAAGUCAGCUCUGGAGGAGUUCUCGCGGAUGAAGGAGGAGGUGCCCACAGCGCUGGUGGAAGCCCACGUGCGCAAGGUGGAGGAGGCCGCCAAGGUGACGGGCAAGGCCGACCCGGCCUUCGGCCUGGAGAGCAGUGGGAUCGCAGGCACCGCGGCCGACGAGCCUGAGCGCGUGGAGGAGAGCAGCGGUGAUGAGGCCCGGGGAGAGGCGCAGGCGGUGGAGGACAAGAAAGAUAUGAAGGAUCCUCGGGACGGCGGCGUGGAUGAGGAGCUGAAAGAGAAGCUGAGUGAGGCACCCAAGAAGGAGGAGGACAAGGGCAAGGAGGGUGAUGGCGAGAAGGAUGUGGAGAAGGGUGACGGAGACAGCUUGGCUGAUGUGGAGAAGGACAAGGAGCCCAAGGAGGGCCUGGAUGAGGGGCCCAAGGAGCUGGGUGAGGCCGAGGGCGAGAGGAAGACCAAGGUGGAGCGCGACAUUGGGGAGGGCAACCUGUCCACUGCUGCUCACCUGGCAGCAGUGGAGGAGCGUAAGAUCAAGUCUCUGGUGGCACUGCUGGUGGAGACACAGAUGAAGAAGCUGGAGAUCAAGCUGCGGCACUUUGAGGAGCUUGAGACCAUCAUGGACCGGGAGCGUGAGGCGCUGGAGUACCAGCGCCAGCAGCUGCUGGCAGACCGGCAAGCCUUCCACAUGGAGCAGCUGAAGUACGCAGAGAUGCGGGCACGCCAGCAGCACUUCCAGCAGCUGCACCAGCAGCCCCCUGCGCCACCCCCGGCCCUGGCCCCCGGCGCCCCUGCCCUGCCUGCACCCGGCGCCCCCCUGGCACCCGCCACCCACGCCAUGACCAGCGCCCCAGCC